UUUAAGCCGUGCAACUUUGCUGGGCUCCUUACUUCCGCGUGGGCCCUGGAUUUUCAAAAUGAGGAUCUCUCAGCCUGAGGAGGAGGAGGAGGAGGGCGGCGGCGGCGAGCGCCUGGAGGGCAACUUUCCCCGGUUUCAAAGGUUCUGUUCAGCUACCCUUUUGGCUUCAUUUAUAUUGCUUCAUGCCUGUGGAAGGAGUGCAGCUCUGGACUUUAGACCUAAUAUUGUCCUGAUGUUGGCCGAUGAUCUUGGGAUUGGAGAUAUAGGCUGCUAUGGUAACAACACUAUGAAGACUCCUAAUAUUGACCAGCUAGCAAAGGAAGGAGUAAAACUUACUCAGCACAUUGCUGCCGCCUCACUUUGUACCCCAAGCAGGGCAGCUUUCCUGACUGGCAGAUACCCCAUCAGAUCAGGCAUGGCGUCAAGCAAUGCAUAUCGGGCUCUGCAGUGGAACGCUGGCUCAGGAGGUCUCCCAGUGAAUGAAACCACUUUUGCCAAGGUGUUGCAUCAGCAGGGUUAUGCCACAGGACUUGUAGGGAAAUGGCAUCAAGGUGUAAACUGUGACUCUGUGAAUGAUUACUGCCACCAUCCUUUGAAUCAUGGCUUCGAUUAUUUUUAUGGGAUGCCUUUCACUCUUCUCAACAACUGCCAGGACAACAAGCCUCCAGAACUGGAUGCAGCUUUUCAGGCUAAGCUGUGGUUUUACACCCAGCUCAUUGCCUUUGCAGCGCUGACGGUUCUCGCAGGAAAGAUCACCGGUCUGGUCUCUGUUACUUGGAAAUCAGCCGUCUUCUUCUCUUUGUGUGGAUUCCUAUUUUUUGCUUCCUGGUACUCCAGCUAUGGCUUUGUGAAAUACUGGAACUGCAUCUUGAUGCGCAACUACGACAUUACUGAGCAGCCAAUGAAGCUGGAAAGAACGGUUUCUCUCAUACUAAAGGAAGCGGUUUCAUUUAUUCAGAGCAACAAGCACAGGCCAUUCCUCCUCUUUGUUUCUUUUCUGCAUGUCCACACCCCCCUGUUUACAACAGAAAGAUUUCAUGGGAAGAGCAGGCAUGGUUUAUAUGGAGACAACGUAGAAGAGAUGGACUGGUUGGUAGGUCAGAUUCUAGAUGCUAUUGACAAUGAAGGCUUGAGAAACAACACAUUUGCCUAUUUUGCCUCAGACCAUGGAGGACAACUGGAAGCUCAAGAAGGACCAAUCCAGCUAGGUGGCUGGAAUGGCAUAUAUAAAGGGGGCAAAGGCAUGGGAGGAUGGGAAGGAGGAAUCCGUGUGCCAGGCAUAUUCAGGUGGCCUGGAAUGAUCCCUGCCAAUACUGUUGUUGAUGAACCAACAAGCCUUAUGGAUAUUUACCCCACAGUGGCCCAUCUGGCUGGAGGGGCUGUGGCACAGGACAGAAUAAUUGAUGGGAAGGAUUUGUUGCCUUUACUACAACAAAAAGUAAAGCACUCAGAACAUGAAUUUAUGUUUCACUACUGUGGAUCAUAUGUGCAUGCCGUCCGGUGGCAUCAGAAAGGCAGUGAUGCUUUAUGGAAGGCUCAUUAUGUGACACCAAUAUUCCACCCCAAAGGUGCAGGGGCCUGCUAUGGAAAAGGAAUUUGCCCAUGUUUCGGAGAGGGUGUGACGCGUCAUGAUCCACCUUUGCUGUUUGACCUCUCAAGAGACCCAUCAGAGACCACGCCUCUGUCACCGGACACUGAGCCACUGUUCCACGCAGUUCUAAAGAGGAUAGAGGAAGCUGUGCAGGAGCACCGCAGGACUCUCACUCCUGUCCCACAGCAGCUUUCUUUCCGCAACAUUAUGUGGAAACCAUGGCUGCAGCCAUGCUGUGGGACGUUCCCAUUCUGUUGGUGUGACAAGGAAGGUGCCAGUGUUCAUUCAGUUAAAGUGAGCUAGCCAAAGAAUCCUGUUACAAUGAAACUUUUGCUUUCAGUACAGAUAAUACCAACCAAGAGUAAAAAUGAUGUUCCCUAUGUGAUUGUAGCCACUUUCUGUUAAUCAAGCUUGCCUAAUCCUGUCUCUCUCACACACCAAGAUUUGUGCCAUGGCCGUGAUGCAGCUGCAGCUUUUCCUGCCAUUCUCAUAAUAGUCUCCAUAACUAUGCACCCAAAGAGAAUCCAAAAUGUAGGCAACUGUGUUGAUCCAUAUCAAGUUUCGGCAGGCCUUUUGUAGGGCUAAUAGGUUUGAACCGACCCGUUCAGGACCAAGCCGCCCCAAAAUACUUUGCAUUACAACAGGGAAAGCUUACAAUAAUCUGUUGUUGCUGGGGAAAAUCCAUUUUCCCACCAGCUACUGUGAUGAUAGCAGCUAAGCUCAGAGGAAACAGGGAAGCUUCAGGGGAGUGGCAGAUGGCAUCAUCACCCCUGCUAAUCAAAGUGUCUUGGUGCUUCGACCCUGUGAGCCAUGCCUCCACUACACCACCGUCUAUAACCUGUUGUCACUUCCUUCCUUCCAGCUGGACUUUGCAUGACACAGGCGAGGGACAGAGGUUGAGCAACAAGCCUGGCGGGAGGUCCGAAGCAACCACAUCUUGUACCGUCAUGGCUGCAGGGCUGAUAAAGAGGGAUUUCUAGCUUGAUGCUUUGUUCAUCCUACUAGUUCUUGAACCCAAAAAGAAAGCUCACAAUAACUUUGCACCCAGAAUCCAUGCAAGUAUCGGUAGCCAAAGUUGGUGAUGGCAGUGAAUCAUAGAAUAGUAGAGUUGGAAGGGGCCUAUAAGGCCAUUGAGUCCAACCCCCUGCUCAAUGCAGGAAUCCACCUUAAAGCAUACCUGACAGAUGGUUGUCCAGCUGUCUCUUGAAUGCCUCUAGUGUGGGAGAGCCCACAACCUUCAUAUGCCCAGUUUCCCCUUCGAAUGUUCUCACAAAACCAGGAAGAUGCACCUAAGAAACAUACAAGAAAAGGAAGAAAAGAAAGCCAUGUCGAAACUGUCACCUCUCAUAAGGCUGAGUGUAUGUUACAAGACACUUAUUCAUAAAGCU